AAUAUUUUGAACCAGAAAAUUUAGUAAUAUUAAAUAUAUUUAACAAUAAUAUUGAAGAUAUUAAAGAAAUUUUAAACAAUAAUGGUGAUUCUAAUAUAUGCUCUUUUCAAAAAUUUAUCAACCAGUGUGUAGAUUUAUAUAAAAGUAUGCAUGAAAAACACUGUUCAAAUUUUGGCAUUACGAAUCCCUCCCUAAUGAGCACCUGUGUUACAGUAAAUUCGUUUAAAGUACAUUAUGAAAAAUAUCGCUCAAAGGAAAAGAUAACAUAUGAAUUACCAGAAUUGUCUUCUAAUACUCCUAAAAUUAUUAUAGAUGGUUGCCAAUCAAAAGAAAGUGAAUCAGUUCAAGCUUCAUCAAUACGAAACAAUCAAUCAGAUCCUUCUAUAAUUCAAAACGUACCCCUUGGCCUUGGCAUAAUGGCUGGAAUAUCUUCUCUCUUAGCAUUAAUUUAUAAAGUAAAAAUAAAUUAUAUUAAAAUAUAUGAAAAAUAUUUAAAGCACAUGAUUAUAUUACCUUGUUCUAUUAAAUAA